AGACCACAACACGCAUUUAAGUUAUCCCGAAUAGGAGGGUAUUUGUGUCGAAAAGGAUUACAAAAGGUCGAGUACACAAUACCUUCGUAAACGCACACUUGGCAGAAAAUCUCCGAGACCCAGUGAUCGGCGAUCAAGUGUGAAAAAAGCAUAAUAUCAAUACAAUACACGGGCCUCCGUCCCAGAGGAGAAGGAACAGAAAUCGGGCAACGAUCGGCUUGAAGAUCUCAAGGCCCCAACGGAACUCGGCAUAGCUGAAACACUUUAUAGGUGCUGUGAAGGCGAAUACUGCUCAAUCGAACGGGAUUUUUUUUUUAUCACUGGAGAUAUAUUUCAUGUGCUCAUUAUCAGUUCCCCUCGAUCUUGCGUGCGCCGAACGCGCUAUCAAGUUACAGCGCAUCCUAAGCAAGUGUGGCUCGACAGGCGCGUGCAGUUGUAUGGCGGAGGUGUAGGAUAGAGAGAAGAAGAGGAGGAAAGAGAGACAAACCCUCUGCUAACCUUUCCUGUGUUUCCAUUAUGGCCAAAACAUAAUGAGAGGUUGGAUUAACUGAUGGGAGUUUUGCUGCUAUGCCGUCAAAUUUCUUUAUUCUUGCCUUAUUAUUGAUUCUUUCGUGUUGUGUGGCUGUGUAUGGCCAGGACGACUUGACAGUUCCCAUACGAUGUUAUAUGUGCAUAUCAAGGUUAGAUAAAAACGACACGUGUAACGAUCCAGUCGACAGCAGAACCAACAACUUCCUCAAGGACGAGGAGUGCCACAAGGGAGUCUGCGUCAAAUGGACUCGAUAUAUCAACGGGAAAUUGUACCUCGAGAGAACAUGCUCAGCCAAAAUGGACAUGAACAUUAUGUUGAUAGAUGGCGUGUGUCGAACCGAGAGCUUCGGGAACGGAUACCUUUGUAUGUGCGGACGUAACUUGUGCAACUCCGGCUUUUCUCGACUCAGAUUAACUCAGUCACAUGUGGUUUCCCUUAUCCUAUGUCUGCUGCUCACAUUUUUCUGGUUACCAUGGAGACAGUGACGCCACUUGCGUGUGUGUGUUUGGCAGAGAGGUUUAGACGAAAAUUAAGAGUCCCCUGACACUGUUUAGGAUCUCUGUAUCAUGGACGGCCUUGUUGCGUUUUCUUGGUUUACCCUAUCAAUGAUUCAUGGCUGGAAAAUUAAUACACGCUAUUAAUUAUACGCCAUAUGUUCAAUCAACGAAUAAUGCCAAACCAUUUUGUUAAUAAGAUGGGUUUUGUUACUAUGUCGCGUCCCCAAUGACCGCUGGAACGAAAAAAAGUCAUCAUUUCUAUACGGGCCUUCGGAACUCGAGAAACUUGAUUUCUCUCAAAAUUAUCAUGGAUGCGAUAUUUUCCUUCAAAUUUUUAUAGUUUGGACAAAAUUCUGUAACUAACAAGUGAAUAUGGAGUCGUGUGAUUGUCCAUUUCGUACACAAGUUUAACACUUUUGUGCAUCUGUUACCAUGGUUAUUCGUGAGCAAGCUCCACUAGGCAGUAGUUUUCUUACCAUUAUCGAGUCUAGUGACUAUACAUAGAGCACAUUAGCUCUGUUCCAUUUAUAAUGACUAUGCAAUCAAGAAUUGUGAUCUGAUCGUUGUCUGUUCAUGUGAAUGAUUUGGUUUUUCCUUUCAAAAGAUUUGCUCCUUGUUGAUCGAGUAAUUUUGAUUUAUGACUUUUUUCUUCAAAUUUUUGGGCUAUACAUCGAUGAGGGAUCUGCGUUUGUUUGUUUUUUGUUUUUUUUUUAUUAUUUUAAGUUUGUGUUUACAAUUUUUCGAAAUUUUUUAUAAUCCUGUUGCAAGUAUUAAUUACCAUGGUGUGUGUUAAAAAUGGAAAAGUCACGAGUUCUUUUAAGAUCAUCUAGAAACACCGACAUACAUUUCAAUAAAUUUGGGUACUCCCAUUAGUAAUUAAGGAGAUAUCUCAUUACAGAGUAUAUACAUGUAUGUGUAUUUCUUUUCCUAAUUGAUGAAAAGUCGGAAUCAAGGUUAACAACUCUUAAUUGGAACUACAGAAAUUAAAAGAUUUGUGCAAAUCGAUACAUUUUAGCUAGAUACCAACGAAAAGGCUUUUAAUUAAUUUUUACGAGUUCUUCACGCAGUGUGUUAUUUAGUUGUUAGUUGCUGUGAACACUUUUUGAUGGAAUAUAAGAUGGAAAAUAAGAUGGUAUUUAUAGAUGACAUCCACCAUCACACAUAAUACGUUGUACUGAGCUUAGUAUAUUAAACUAUACUAGUAUGUUAAAUUAGAUAACAAUAGUCACAGUGGGUGUGCGCUUGAUCUAGAUCUAAGGGAAAUACUACAUACUAUGUAUGACAAGGAAAAUAAAAUUCAGUUUAGAAGGAAAAAUUGAAUUUCAUCCGUGUCAUGGUGUCUUUGGAUUUUUUUUUAAUUUUGAGUGAACUUGUUUUAAGAAUUGGGGUGACGAAUAUUGAAAGUAUUUAAAUUUCGUAUUAUUUGUUAAGUGCUGGAUACUAGUAUUAUACAGGAUGUGUGUCAAAAUGGGGUUUAUAGGAAUAUAUAUAUAUCGAGGAAUAUUAUUGAAUUGUGUGCACUCUAUCCUUUCCUUAGAGACAACACAAUUUUUUUUUAAAUAUUAAAAGUUGUUAUACUGUACACCUACAUGUAGCUGCGAAAAAAUAGCAUUGUGAUAUGUAAAGAAGUACAACUGUACAAAGCUUGUUAUCUUUGUAAUGUACACAGUAUUGUGUGACUCAUAUUGAAACUACCGUUGUCACACACGAUCUGUGUAACAAGCAUGUUUAUAUACAUAGAGUCUUUUUACAACAAGUAUGGAAUGUUAUAUAAUUGAUUAUUUAUAGCAUGCUAAGCCAAAUGUUUAGAAGAAAUCCACGAAUGUCUAUAUUGUGCAUACGAUUUUAUUUCCGAACCACACCUAUUUAUAUUCGUGUAUAUGUUUAAGAAGUGUCUGCACGGUUUGACGAUGUUUGAGUUUAUAUAAUAUACAAUGUACUCGGUACCAAGCGUCAAAAUCCACUUUUUUCUCACUUGUUAUUGAGUAGAUAAUGGUGUCAUUUCCUUAUUGAUAAAUUUGGGGAAUUUAGGGUGAUAUUGAUUUCUUGUGCCGUGAUGCUUAUUUUGGCAUUUAACGAACGUGUGUUUUACUUCAAAGCUCCUCAUAUUUAUCAAUAAGUAAAAGGAGACCGGGAUUCACAUUUGUUGAUUAUUUGUCUUCCGAUAUUUGAUAGAAUUCCAGAUUUUUUUUCAUGUGUUAACAUUUCAUUCAUAAUAAAAUUUCACCUAAUACACUU